UUAAUCGUUUUUUUUUUGUUUUUAAAUGGCGAAAGUAGCAGCUACUUCAUCUUGCCUUCUCUCAUGUCUCCUUGUCCUGUUCUUGAGUUCAGUCUCAGCAGUCACGGAUGAAGAUAAAAAGGUGUAUAUCGUCUACAUGGGUUCACUCCCUUCUCGAGCGGACUACUCACCAAUUGCGCAUCACAUGAGUAUUCUUCAAGAGGUCACCGGGGAAAGUUCGAUCCAAGGACGUCUGGUGAGAAGCUACCAGAGAAGUUUCAACGGUUUCGCGGCCAGGCUCACUGAGUCAGAGCGGGAGCGAGUAGCCGAUAUGGAGGGAGUUGUCUCUGUGUUCCCAAACAAAAAGUUACAACUCCAUACAACGACGUCUUGGGACUUCAUGGGGUUAAAGGAAGGGACAAGGACAAAGAGGAACCCUACAGUGGAAAGUGACACCAUUAUCGGAGUUCUCGACAGUGGGAUUACACCGGAAUCUCAGAGCUUUUCGGACGAAGGCUUUGGUCCUCCUCCUGAGAAAUGGAAAGGUGUUUGUUCCGGUGGCAAGAACUUCACAUGCAACAACAAGUUGAUUGGGGCAAGAGACUAUACAAGCGAAGGCGCUAGGGACACGGAUGGCGAUGGUACACACACGUCGUCCACGGCAGCUGGAAACGCAGUUGUGGACACAAGCUUCUUUGGAAUCGGCAACGGAACCGUUAGAGGUGGCGUUCCAGCCUCAAGAAUCGCCGCAUACAAAGUCUGCAACGAGUCAGGGUGUUACCCGGAUGCUCUAUUGGAUGCGUUUGGUGACGCGAUUGCUGACGGUGUAGACCUCUUCAGCAUCUCUAUUGGGGGGGAUGAAACUGCGUCCAUGUUUGAAUUUGACUCAAUUGCGAUUGGGGCUUUUCACGCUAUGGCCAAAGGGAUUCUCACUGUGAAUUCUGGGGGUAACAGCGGUCCAAACCCGACCUCAGUGUCGAGUGUAGCGCCAUGGAUCUUGACCGUUGCAGCCAGUACCACGAAUCGUGGGUUUGUCACCAAAGUGGUUCUCGGAAACGGCAAGACACUUGUCGGGAAGUCAGUGAACUCUUUCGAUAUGAAAGGAAAGAACUACCCUCUUGUGUACGGAAAACCUGCGGCUUCCUCUACCUGCGACGCAGCAGCCGCAGAGCUUUGUAAGGAAGCCUGUCUAGACAAAUCCCGUGUGAAUGGGAAGAUCUUAGUGUGUGGUGGUCGAGAUGGUUUGAAGAUAGCUGAAUCAGUUGGAGCCUCUGGAAUCAUUUUUAGAAACCCUAGACCUGACGUCGCCCACGUCCACCCUUUGCUUGCAUCUGGUUUACUAACAGAAGACUUUGAGUCUCUCGUCACUUACCUUGAGUCCACAAAUUCUCCACAAGCAACUAUUCUAAAAACUGAAACCAUCUUCAAUCGAACAUCCCCUGUUAUUGCUUCCUUCUCUUCUCGCGGUCCCAACACCAUUGCUGUUGAUAUUCUCAAGCCGGAUAUAACAGCGCCGGGAGUGGAGAUCCUCGCUGCAUAUUCACCUGAUGGUGCACCGUCUAAAAAUGACGCCAGACAUGUGAAGUACUCUGUUCUCUCCGGAACUUCAAUGUCUUGUCCACACGUUGCAGGCGUGGCUGCGUAUGUCAAAACGUUUAACCCUAAGUGGUCUCCUUCCAUGAUUCAAUCUGCUAUCAUGACAACUGCUUGGCCGGUAAAUGCUACUGGAACUGGCAUCGCAUCGACUGAGUUUGCUUAUGGAGCUGGACAUGUCGACCCGAUAGCUGCUGUAAAUCCUGGACUCGUCUAUGAAUUGGACAAAGCAGACCACAUCGCGUUUCUCUGCGGUAUGAACUAUACUUCGGAAGACCUGAAAGUCAUCUGCGGCGAAACCGUCACUUGCUCAGAAGAAAAGGAAUUCUUACCAAGAAACCUCAACUAUCCUUCAAUGUCGGCCAAAUUGUCGGGAUCUGAUAGCAACUUCACUGUUACUUUCAACAGAACUUUGACUAACGUCGGUACACCAAGUUCUACCUACACAUCAAAGGUAGUAGCGGGUCACGGAUCUGAACUCAGCAUCAAGGUCACGCCUAGUGUUCUGUCUUUUAAGACAGUGAAUGAGAAGCAAUCUUUUGAGGUCACUGUUACAGGCAACGAUGUCGACUCUGAAGUGCCUUCGUCUGCAAAUCUAAUCUGGUCUGACGGUAUUCAUAACGUGAGAAGUCCCAUCGUUGUUUACAGUUACACUAAUGACGAGUACUGAUGAGUCAUCAUCAUCACAAAUAAAUAAUGUUUAUUGUUGUUAUAGUGUUUCUUCAUUCUAUGUUUUAUUGCUCUAUUAUGUCUCGGCUUCCUAUAUGUAUGUUGAUGUCUUGGGAUAUGCAUAUUAAAUAAAUAAAUCUUUAUUGUUGUUGU